CAUCUUAAUUGUAGAAAAAAAGAAACAAUUAGAAAGACAAGAUGUUUAUUAUGGUUAAAUCUUUUAAUUGUAAACUCUGUAACUGAUUAGCUAAUAAGUAUUUCAAUUAUAUACAAUUGUUGAUACAAUCAAUGUACUAUCCAAUAGUAAAUUCAUUUUGAAAACACCGUUAAUCAUGUUAAUUGUUAUGCUUAAUUUGAUGAUUACUAUUAUUAGAUUACUACUUGGUAAGGAUCCAAAAUUAAAUUCUGGUUAAAAAUAUCCAGAAACCAGAAAACAACAGUAAAUUCAACAACAUUCAAUAACGUGAACAUUUUUCUGGUUUGUUGUUUAUAAUUAAUGAUUAAAUGUUAACAGUUAAAUUAAUUGUGACUCGUGACAAUUUGAUUGGUGUUCUAUUGGAAAUUACGAUCGAUCAACAUGAUGAUAACAAUUGAUGAUCUUCCGGUUGAAGUGCUGCAUCUUAUUUUCAUGAAACUACCUUGGGUUGAAGACUUUAUCAGUGUCUCGAAAGUUUGCUUGCUAUGGGAAGAUGUCGCUAACCAACGCAUGGCCUGGGUCAAGUAUCUAAUCGGAGUCUACGAUUACAGUGGAGAACCACAAAGUGUUUCUAAUGAUAUUUUAUAUUAUCGCCAAGGAGUAAUGGCUUCUUAUGCUCUCAAGUAUCUGGUUCCUUAUUUGCCCAAUCUGAAGAUUCUAGAAGUUAUCGAUCCAUACAAAAUGGACCCUGAAACUCUUGGUACAAUAGCAAAGGACAAUUCAAACAUAAUCGGGAUUCGUUAUGAUAGACGGAUACCUGGACAGAUUGACGAUUGUCUUGGAGGAAUCGAAAUGAUAUCAACUAAUUGUAUCGCCGAGGCAAUGGCUCCACUUUGUUCAAAUUUGAAACAAUUGUACAUUCGAUAUUCAAAUGAACGGACUUUGGCCAUUGUAUCACAACACGAGAAACUUGAGCGACUUCAUAUCCAUGAUUUUGUGGGUGAAAAUUUCCUUCAACAUGCAGUUCAACCCUUUUAUAAUCUAAUCAUCUUGGAACUUGGAUUCAAGCGACUCGAUUAUAAAAGUAUCUGCGAUCUGGAUCGAGUUAUAAGAAUGUGCUGUAAAUUGGAAAGUCUUUAUUUAAGAUUUGAAGAUUUAGAUCGAUUUGAACUGGACGAUGAAAUGGACAAUACGAGUAACCUUAAUCUGAGAAAUGUUGUCCUUCAAUACACGGAUAAUCAUUGGCCUGAAGACGCUGUUUUCCCGUUAAUCUAUCGUUUCGUUAAUUGUGAACAAUUAGCUAUUCGUGACAAUAUGGGCUUACAUGAUAAUAAUGUUAUCGAUUUAAUUUCCGAGUUACCAAAUCUUGAAUUACUCGAUGUCAGGGGAUGUCUUCAUAUUACUCAACAAUCAGUUGAUUCGGUUAAAAGAUUAUCUCGUUUCUUUAAUCGUGAGAUUAAAUUUCUCUGGGGUGAACAUGUUUACGAGAAAUUAGACCAAUAUCGUGAUUUAAGAGUCGCAAUUGGAUUUAAUUUUAAUUACAAUCUAUUUAAUAGACGAUUUGAACAAUUACCACACUUUUUAGAUAGAAAUCAAUCUAAUAUUAGAUUAUCACCAGAACUAUCAGAUUAAUCACUAAUCCAAUUCAUCCAAUCUUUAAAUCAUUUUAUUAAUGAUCAAAAUUUCAUUUCUUUUACCAAUCAAUAAAUUGUCAUCUUUUACUAUUUAAAUUGAUUGUUUCUAUCAACAAUUUAUCGAUU